UGUUUGUGUCUUGCAGACGUCCAGCAGCUGAUCGGUAAUCCAGAAGAAGUUUCCCCUCAGUUAGGGGGGAGCUCCACUUUGAAGCAGGAGACUCCACAACCACCCUGCAUUAAAAAGGAAGAGGAGGAACUCUGCAUCACUCAGGAGGGAGAGUGUCUUCUAGGACGAGAGGAAGCUGAUUACACCAAGUUUCCACUGAGUAUUCUCUCUGUGAAGACUGAAGAUGAUGGAGAGAAACCACAAGUUGACAACCUCUCAGCUCCACUAUCAGAUAGUGAGGCUGAAGACGAGGUUGAAGAACCUUUGAGCAGCGAUAAAGACUGUGAAGGUGAUAUGAGGACUCACACUGACAACAAACACUCUGAAUGCUCUACAAAGAAGAGAGGUAAAACAUGUUUGAGCUGCUCAGUUUGUGCUGAAAGUUUUACUAAAAAGAGCCGUUUUAUUGAACACAUGAAAACACACACAGGUAAAAAAACAUUUAACUGUUCGAUUUGUGAUAAAAACUAUUCUUUCCAGAGCAUUUUCACUAAACACAUGAAAUCACACACAGGUGAAAAACCAUUUAGUUGUUCAGUUUGUGGCAAAAGCUUUUCUCGAAAUAGCCAUUUGACUCACCACAUGAGAACACACACAGGUGAAAAACCAUUUAGUUGUUCAAUUUGUGGCUACAGCUUUUCUCAAAAUAGCCAUUUGACUCAACACAUGAGAACACAUACAGGUGAAAAACCAUUUAAUUGUUCAGUUUGUGGCUACAGCUGUUCUAAAAAUAGCCAUUUGACUCAACACAUGAGAACACACACAGGUGAAAAACCAUUUAGUUGUUCAAUUUGUGGCCACAGCUUUUCUCAAAAUAGCCAUUUGACUCAACACAUGAGAACACACACAGGUGAAAAACCAUUUAAUUGUUCAGUUUGUGGCUACAGCUUUUCUCAAAAUAUCAAUUUGACUCAACACAUGAGAACACACACAGGUGAAAAAACAUUUAAUUGUUCAGUUUGUGGCUACAGCUUUUCUCAAAAUACCCAUUUGACUCAACACAUGAGAACACACACAGGUAAAAAACCAUUUAGUUGUUCAGUUUGUGGCAAAAGCUUUUCUGUUAUGUGCAAUUUGACUCAACACAUGAGAACACACACAGGUGAAAAACCAUUUAAUUGUUCAGUUUGUGGCUACAGCUUUUCUCAAAAUACCCAUUUGACUCAACACAUGAGAACACACACAGGUGAAAAACCAUUUAAUUGUUCAGUUUGUGGCUACAGCUUUUCUCAAAAUACCCAUUUGACUCAACACAUGAGAACACACACAGGUAAAAAACCAUUUAGUUGUUCAGUUUGUGGCAAAAGCUUUUCUGUUAAGAGCAAUUUGACUCAACACAUGAGAACACACUCUGGAAUAUAACCAUUUAGUUGUUCAGUUUGUGGUACGAGCUUUUUUUAUAACAGCUCUUUGUGUCGACACAUGAGAACACACGCUGGAGGAAAACCAUUUAAAUGUUAAGUGUGCUGUAAAAGGUUCCCACAUAAUGCAGACGCAGUAAAACACAUAAAAACACACAAGGGAAAAUAGCCAAUUAGCUGUUUAGUUUGUGGUAUGUUGCUACUUCUUUCACAAAUAUCUGAGGUAUUCAUACAAACUUGGAUUAUUUGGAGCAUAAUCUUAUCCAAUGUUAUCUCUGUAUCUGAAACCUUCCUGAACAGUUUGUAUGGUUUGUUGAGUUAGCACAGGAUUAAUAUGUGGAAAUGACAAAUGAGGUAGUUGAUACAUAGAGUCGUUUUUAUUCAUGCUUUAUUUAGGUUUUUGUUCAAUCCUAGAUGGGUUGUGACUUAAAGUUUAAUUGCUUUGUAGAAACACUGAGAUUAAGUCUUAGUUCACCCUUUUUUCCCUCUAAA